AUGUCGACAUUGUUAUCUGAGGUAGAAAGUAUCGAUACUUUGCCGUAUGUGAAGGAUACAACACCGACAGGAAGUGACUCGUCAUCAUUUAAUAAAUUAUUGGCUCCUUCCAUAGAGGAUGUAGAUGCUAACCCAGAGGAACUGAGGACUUUACGUGGCCAAGGACGGUAUUUUGGAAUAACAGAUUAUGACUCAAACGGUGCGAUAAUGGAGGCAGAGCCAAAGUGUAAUAAUUGUUCGCAAAGAGGUCAUUUGAAAAGGAAUUGUCCCCAUGUGAUAUGUACUUACUGCGGGUUUAUGGAUGAUCAUUACUCACAACACUGCCCUAAGGCUAUUAUUUGCACUAAUUGUAAUGCAAACGGCCAUUAUAAAUCACAGUGUCCUCAUAAAUGGAAGAAGGUGUUCUGCACGCUUUGCAAUAGCAAAAGACACUCAAGAGAAAGAUGUCCUAGUAUUUGGAGAUCUUAUUUAUUAAAAACAAAAGAUGCUAACCAAGGUGACUUCGAUUUUCAAACAGUUUUCUGUUAUAACUGUGGGAAUGCCGGUCAUUUUGGCGAUGACUGUGCUGAAAGAAGGUCAUCGAGAGUGCCGAACACUGAUGGAAGUGCAUUUUGCGGUGAUAACUUAGCCACAAAAUUUAAACAACACUAUUUUAACCAAUUGAAAGACUAUAAACGUGAAGCUUCACAAAGGCAACACUUUGAUAACGAACAUGAAUUCAACCUGCUUGACUAUGAAUAUAACGACGAUGCAUACGACCUCCCUGGCUCAAGGACUUAUAGAGAUAAAAUGAAAUGGAAGGGCAAAGUGCAGUCAACAAGGAACAAAAAUAGUAGCAAUAAUAGAUAUGAAAGCAGUAAUAACAGGAAGAAGAAGUCACCAUUUAGCGCACAGAACUACAAAGUGACGAAAAAUAAAAGAGUUCAGACACACCCCUUAGAUUUCCCCAGAAGUAGCCAAAACAACAGAACGAACGAUUAUUCGAGCCAGUUCAGCUAUAAUAGGGACGACUUCCCCAAGGGUCCUAAGAAUAAGAGGGGCCGAUCAUCUUCUAACAAAAGCCAAAGAAAUGGCCGUUAUUGA